AUGCGCUUCAUAUUAAUGGGCCGUGGUACCCAGGCGCUGGUCAAGGGCUGCCCGGAGUCUCUGGGCUCCAAGAGCGGUCUGGUUUAUACUUGUAGCGCUCCAUACCUGUUACGCUCGACGUUUAGUAAAGAUUCUCCGAGCUACUGGCACUUGCUCGGUUGGCAGGAUUACGGCCGUGGACUGGACCGGCACCUACUCGAUGAUAUCGGUGAUUUUUCAAAGCAUAGGUGCGGCGAUUGCAUUGGAAUAUCUCCAAGUCGGUGUAGGCAAGGCCCCUACCACGUGGCGUCGGCGAGCGCAGCCUUCGCCGGGUGCACAUUACAGUAUGAGUAG